AUGUUCGGCUACAAAGCUAGCCAUCAGGUUCACUUCCCAGAUGAUAUACUGAAGUGUUCGCUGCUUUUAGCGACACGACAGCCAGAGCAACGGAAAAACAGGACACCGAAGCGAUUUUGGGUUAUUACCUAUGACGAUCAUCUGCUUCCUCCUCGGGUGCAGGCAAACCACGAGGCCCGUGACGCAACGUCCGUGACCGCUUCGGAAGUCGCAGCAACUACGAAAAACUUCCAGUCCCACCGCGCAUGCGUUGCCCAAGUAAUAGAAUCCGCGAAGGAUGGAGACUCUGGAACGGAGAUGGGGAAGGAAGAUUCCGUGGUCGCCGAAAGCUUCAUUGCGGGCUUGCAUCCUGCGUCCAAGGGAUCCGUUUGGCCAGUUCGCGGCUGA